AUGGAACAAAAUUUGAAGCUCGGGCCCGAUUUAAAAGAAGCUAAAGUUGACGCAAAUUCCCAUCGUCGACUAAUUGGAAAGUUACUCUAUCUCCAAGCUACACGCCCCGAUGUGGCUUACGCGGUUAAUGUUCUUAGCCAAUUUGUAGGUGAUCCGCGACAGACCCACAUGAAUGCAGCCAUACGGGUCUUGCGAUAUUUAAAGACAACACCAGUGCAGGGCAUUUUUUUGCCAAAAAUUGGGGGAACACAACUUGUUUCUUACUCUGACGUUGAUUUGCUCGGUUGCCCAUCAACAAGACGUUCUCGUACGGGUUAUUUGCUAUUGCUAGGAGGGGCACCUAUUUCAUGGAAAUCGAAGAAGCAAUCCCUCGUGUCUCGAUCCUCGGCGGAGGCUGAAUACCGCGCUAUGGCGUCCACGGUUAGCGAGGUACUUUGGAUUCGGUUUUUGGUCAGUGAAGUUGGAGAACCAAUGCAAGGUGCUACUACUCUAUUCUGCGACAACCAAGCUGCCCGUCACAUAGCUAACAAUCCCGUUUUCCACGAACGCACUAAACACGUGGAAAUGGAUUGUUAUUUUGUUCGUGAGAGAAUCGAAUCGAAAGAAGUUCAGCCCGUUCACAUCGAUUCAAAGUUGCAGAUCGCGGACCUACUCACCAAAUCGUUGGGAGCUCAUCACUUGAAGGGCCUACUCGUCAAGUUGGGCAUUAAAGAUUUACACGCGCCAACUUGA